UUGCAAUAUCAUAGCUCCGCAACUAGUGUUCCACAUAAUGUGAGCGCAUCGCCGUAUGUGACCUUAGCUUACCCGCUACUGUAGCUUGUUAAAGUAAACCCCAACUCCUUAAGCACAGGGCGAAACUUAUACAAUAUCAUGACUACCAAGGAUGCCGAUGCUCCCGCCGGCGCAUCCAAACGUCCAACUGCUUCCUCCAUAGCUAAGCCCACCGCAGCACCCAGGGCAGCAGCGAGUCCCUCCCGCGCCCGUGCAGCAGCCAGCCCCUCCCGCGGUGCUGCCCGCCCCACCGCAUCCGCCACCGUCAAGCCCGGCGCAGCAGCCAAGGCCCCAGUGGCCGUGAAGCCGACAGCAGCACCAGGCAGCAGCAGCAGCAGCAGCAGCAGCAGCAGCAAGCCAGCAGGUACUGCCGUUAAACCAAGCGGAACUGGCGCGGGGCCGGCGGCGGGCAAGGCAGUGGCUAGCAGCAAAGCAACGACGGCGAGCGGCAGCAGCGCCAGCAAGGU